GAAGAAGCAAAAGAAAGAGGCGAAAAGGAACAUCCGGCAUGGGAAGACUGGAGAUGGAGCCAUGGAGAUGAGCAGAGGCGGCGAUGGGGUCUCUGGAAGCUUCCUUCAACUUGCAGCCGGCGCAUCCCGCUCCAUAAAACCCCCUCCGAAACCCAAACCCUAGCCGCCGCCACCCCUUAAUCAACAAUACGCGCCCUGGCCGCAUUCCCCUCCCCAAUUCACACUUCAUAGGGCCGAUGGCCAUGCACCGCGCCGCCUCGCUCGCACUCCGCCGCCUCGCCGCCGCAGCGACAGCGGCGGCGGCGGCGGCUCCGAGCCCCCUGUCCCUCCUCGCCCCUCUCCGGCCGGUGGCGGCGGCGGCCGGCACCAACGCCAGAUUUCUUCUGCAGCCUACGACCGCGGCUGCGGCUGCAGCUGCUGCUUUGUGCGCCCGGCGCGGUUACGCGGCACGCGGCGGCGCGGGCCGGAAGGCGGCGGCGAAGGCGGUGAGCGAGGACGAGGAGGAUGAGGAUGAGGACGAGUUCGAGGCUAUGGGCAGCGACGGGGAGUUCGACGGCGACUUCGACGACGAGGAUCUCGAUGAAUUCGAGAACGACUCUGAGGAUGACUCUGAGCACGACGCGGCGCCCAAGCGUGGAAGGCGGUGAGUGAGCUGCAGAGCUCGGCUCGCUGCGUGUUUGUUUGGUGGUUUCUUUUUGGGAUUUUGACAGAGAAUUCAAACAGAAAAAACAAUAAGUUAGAACUCAACGCAUCAAUCAGUAUGCGUACUAAACCGCUUGGUGUAAUCUCCUGUUUUGAUUGGGUUAAACCAAAAAGUUUUUCACAUUCAAAACUUGUAUGGCAUCGAAAAACAGAUCUUAAUUAGAGUACUGUAAUUCGUGAUUGUUGGUUGCCUCAGUGCCAUAA